AUGGCACCACCAAUACCUGUAUAUUCAGCCAAUGAAAUCAAGGGUCAAUAUUCUGAACAACUUAAUAAUCCCGAAAAGUAUGAAUGUCAACUAAAAUCACUAACACAGCAUGAAUGCACAUUUCGUCCGGCUUCCUUGGAUGGCUCAAGACCAUUGGAAAUAAUAUGUCUACCCUUUAAACGUAUAUUCCAAAGAUGUUUAAUACCCAAAACAAUUAAAAAGGAUGGACAGAAAGUGGUAGUGAAAAACUGGGUAAAUAUUGAAAUAACGAACAGUGAAACUAAUCAAGAUUUGUUUGAUCCAAAUUCAAAAUAUGCUGGUGAUGUCAAAGAUUUCAUGAGUACUGAACAUGAACUUAAAAAGUUUUUAGAGCAAGAAGCAGAAGGGCAUUUAUAG